AUGGCGGGGCUGUGCCUCAUGAUCACGCAGCUCAAUGCACCACAGCGCCAUGGCGGGCACCCCAUGGGGCAUCCCAUGGCGGGCACCCCAGAGGCACUGCCCUGCAAUGAGGCCACACGGGACCUGCACGAGUGGGACGGCUCCCAUCUCCGAGGAGCAGUGUUUCAGCAGUCUGCUGAGACCUACGCCAAAAGGUUCGCCUACAAGGCAGCUGAGCCCAGUGUGUCGGAGACCUGUGAUGCUGUGUUUGUGUCUGGCAAGGAAAGCCGGGGCGCCCGUGGGGUGCGGGUGGACUUCUGGUGGCGCCGGCUGAGGACCUCGCUGCGACUGACAGUGUGGGCCCCGCUGCUGCCCCUGCGCAUUGAGCUGACCGACACCACCCUGGAGCAGGUCCGAGGCUGGAGGGUCCCCGGCCCAGCUGAAGGCGUGCUGGAACCCGAGGCUGCUGCGGUGGCGGAGGAGGCCGAACGGCGCGCCCGGGGCUGCCGCCUGCAGUACCAGCGGGCCGGCGUGCGCUUCCUUGUCCCCUUCGCGGCCCACCCGCUGGACGGUGGCCGCCGCCUCACCCACCUGCUCGGCCCCGACUGGCUGCUGGACGUGUCCCACCUUGUGGCGCCGCACGCACGCGUGCAGGACCCGCGCGUAGCCUCGCUGGAGGGCGGCCGCAUCCUGGUGGGCCGGGAGCCCGGCGUCACCUCCAUUGAGGUGCGUUCCCCACUGUCUGACUCCAUUCUCGGGGAGCAGGCAUUGGCUGUGACGGAUGACAAGGUCUCGGUGCUGGAGCUGCGGGUGCAGCCGGUGAUGGGCAUCUCACUGGCCCUGAGCCGGGGCACUGCUCACCCCGGGGAGGUCACAGCCACAUGCUGGGCACAGUCAGCCUUUCCCGCCCCAAAGCAGGAGGUGGCCCUCUCCCUCUGGCUGUCCUUCUCUGACCACACCCUGGCCCCCGCUGAGCUCUACGACCACCAUGACCUGGGACUAUCUGUCUCAGCCGAGGAGCCCGGUGCCGUCCUGCCAGCCGAGGAGCGGGGUGCCCAGCUCGGGGUGGUGGUGAGUGGGGCAGGUGCCGAGGGGCUGCCCCUGCAUGUGGCUCUGCACCCGCCUGAGCCCUGCCGCCGGGGCCGCCACCGUGUGCCCCUGGCCUCUGGCACCGCCUGGCUAGGGCUGCCCCCUGCUCCCACCCCAGCCCCUGCCCUCCCAUCCAGCCCUGCCCGGAGCUCACUGGCCACCGAGGCCAGCAUGGGUGGUAAACGAUGGGAGGCAGGUGGUGUUGGGGGCAGCGGGGGUGUGAGGGGCAAGUUUGAGCGGGCAGAGGAGGAGGCUGGGAAGGGGGCAGAGGCUGGAGAGGAGGAGGAGGAGGAAGAAGAGGAGGAGAUGGUCCCCGCCCCACAGCGGGUCACCGACCUAGAGCUGGGCAUGUAUGCUCUGCUGGGCAUCUUCUGUCUGGCCAUCCUCAUCUUCCUGGUCAAUGGUGUGGUCUUCGUGCUGCGCUACCAGCGCAAGGAGCCUCCCGACAGUGCCACCAACCCUGCCUCCCCCCAGCCCCACAACUGGGUCUGGCUGGGCACUGACCAGGAGGAACUGAGCCGCCAGCUGGACCGGCAGUCCCCCGGCCUGCCCAAGGGGGAGGGGGGCUGCCCCUGCGAGACUGGGGGCGGAGGGGAGGCCUUGCCCGUGGCCCAGGCACCUGCUGGGGGCACCACCAGCUCCUCGAGCACCCUGGCCCGGAAGGAAGCCGGGGGGCGGCGGAAGCGGGUAGAGUUUGUGACGUUUGCGCCAGCCCCCCCAGCCCAGCUGUCUGAGGAGCCCGUAGGGGCCCCUGCCGUGCAGUCCAUCCUGGUGGCGGGUGAGGAGGACAUCCGCUGGGUAUGUGAGGACAUGGGACUGAAGGACCCCGAGGAGCUACGCAGUUACAUGGAGAGGAUCCGGGGCAGCUCCUGACCCUCCCCAGCCCGCCUGGCCCGGCACUGUCGGCCGCCAGCCCGGGCAGCUUCCUGCUCACCCUCUGGUGCUUGCGAUCCAAGUCCCCUGCCUGGCUUCUCAAAAGGAUGCCCACCCAGGCCCCCUCUGCCCUGCCCGCCCCCGUCAUGGACCAUGCUCGUGAGGAAGGGCUUACGCCCCUUAUUUAUGAGAACCAUUUCAUCCUAAUGUUGGAUACAGAAUAAACUCAAGGAACCCCCA